AUGGAAGAAAUCGAUAAAUAUACUGUUAACAAAGAACCUGAACACGUUAAACCCGAAAUGGUUGUGAAGAAUUUUGCAAGAACUUAUCCAACACCUGAAGCGAAUACCUAUCAAGGAUUAAUCUCAGGUUGUGGUAGUUUCUGGGGUAUGUGGGGGACAUUUUGUUGCUUAUGUUCCAAUCCUUAUAAAACAGUCCAACAAGGGGAAGUUGGUUUGAUUCAAACUUUUGGAGCUUUGUCAAGAACUGUUGAACCAGGUUUGGCUUAUGUUAAUACUUGGAGUGAAAAAUUAUAUAAGGUUUCCAUUAAAGUCAAUAUUAGGGAUAUUCCUGCUCAAUCAUGUUUUACUAGAGAUAAUGUUAGUGUUAUUAUUACAUCUGUGGUUUACUAUAACAUUAUUGAUCCACAAAAAGCCAUUUAUUCAAUUACUAAUAUUCACGAUGCCAUUGUUGAAAGAACACAAACUACUUUAAGGGAUGUUAUUGGUAACAGAACUUUACAAGAUGUGGUUGAAAAGAGAGAAGAAAUUGCUGAUUCUAUUUCUCAUAUAAUUUCCAAGACUGCUUUCGAUUGGGGUGUUAAUAUUGAAAGUAUUUUAAUCAAAGACUUGCAAUUACCUGACAAAGUUAAAGCUUCAUUAUCAAUGGCUGCUGAAGCUAAGAGAAUUGGUGAAGGUAAGAUUAUUAACGCAAAAGCUGAAGUUGAAAGUGCUAAAUUGAUGAGGAAGGCUGCUGAUAUCUUAGCUUCCAAACCUGCUAUGCAAAUUAGAUAUUUGGAUGCUAUGCAAAAUAUGGCUAAAUCUCCUGGAUCAAGAGUCAUCUUCAUGCCUUCAGCUCAAGAAAUCGAAAGAAUGGCUGGUUCCAAUAUUGAAGGAAAUGGUUAUCAUGAAGAGUUAUCUCCUCAUGGUACAGGUAUGGAUCCAAAGUCUAUCGCUAACGAUAUUGCUUUACAAGAAGCCAUGAAGGAAGAAAGGCAUCUUUAG